UAUGUUGGCUGAUGACUGUAUGUAUGUGAGCCUAUGUAUGGUUAAUUAAUCUGGCAUGAGUUUGUGUGCAUGUAUGUGUGUGUGGUUAAGUAAAUAUGUGUGUGAAUUUGUAUGUGUGAGCAUGUUAUAUGUCUAUGUGAACACACGUACAUAUGUUUAUGUUACUGUGUGUGCCAUAUGUGUUCCAGUGUAUAUGUGUGUCUGAGUGAUCAUGUGUGCGUUUCUUUGUGUGUGAGUGACAUAUUAUGGACAUGUGUCCCCUUCAAAUCUCAUGUUGAAAUUUGAUAUCCAAUGUGAGAGGUGGGCCUAGAGGGGGGUGUUUGGGUCACCGAGACAAAUCCCUCAUGAAGGGCUCAGUGCCACCCUCGUGGUAAUGAGUUCUCACUCUUAGUUCUGUGAGAACUGAGUGUUGAAAAGAGCCUGUCACUUCCUCCACUCUCUCUUCCUUCCUCUCUUACUCAUGUGAUCUAAACACACCUGCUCCCCUUCCCCACCUGCUGAGAAUGGAAGCUUCCUAAGGCCCUCACCAGAAGCAGAUGCUGGGCUUCAUGUACAGGCUACAGAAACAUGAGCCCAAUACACUUCUUUCUUUUAUAAAUCACCCAGCCUCAGGUAUCCCUUUGUAAGCCACACAGGUGGACAAAGACAGCGAUUCCAUGCAUGCUUAAGUGUGUACAAGUGUCUCUGUGUUUAUGUGUUUGUGUUUUUAUGUGUGUCUAAGGAGUUAAGAGUAUGUGUGUUUUGUGUUUGUGUGUGUCCAUGAUAAUACACAAGACAGAAAAGGAGGUCCCAUGGGGAAAUGAGAACAUGUUGGGAAGCCUCUCCUGAUAUCCAGGCUCAGCCUCUGCCCUCGCCAUGGGUCACAGAACAGACCAGUGCCAUCGAUGAGGUCAUACAGUAGAGCUAGGAUCUUAGCGACCAUGGGGAGCUCAGUGUCCACUCUGGCUGGGGCCAGCUGGAGGGCUUCAGUACAGCCCCAGCCAACUCUCACUGAACAGCUGGAGCACCGAGACCCUGGGCACUCAUUUCAAAUCAUGAAACGCCACUUCACAGACCACAGGGGAGAACAGUCACCAACCGAUGGGACCACCCUCAGCUUGAGCAGCCCUGAGUCCACCGAGGAAAGUGUGGAAGUGUUCUGGCCAGGGACUAUACAGACAGAAGGGUCCUCCCCACGGCCGGGGCCUGCCAUUUCCCGGGAGGAGGCCCUGUACUUCACUUCCACGGCCCGGGGGAUGCUGGGCUGGAGCAGCUCCCCAUCCUCAGAGUCCUCCGAGUACCAGUCCUACUCCCAAUACCAGUCGUGCUGCUCCUGCAUGCGCGAUGAAGACAACGCUGCUCCGCAGAGUGUGUGUGCCUUCUACACGCACGUGCAGACCGUGCGGGGUGUGGCGGUGGCCUGGGAGACCGAAGCCGGCUUCGAGCCGGUCAGCAGGAAGCCCCGCAUCCAUGAAGCUCAGUUCAUCAAGAGGCAGAGGCGGAACGGCUCCUCCUUCGAGAUGGCUUCCAACACCGAUCUGCGCUGGGACCUGGAAGCCUGCAAGAGCAACUGCAGCCCCGAGCCCGAGGACACAGAGCUGCUGGAGGGCUGCCUGCAGGAGCUGCGGGCGCCGCCAGACUGGCUGGUCACCACCAACUACGGGCUGCGCUGCGUGGCCUGCUGCCGGGUCUUCCCCUCCCUGGACGCUCUGCUGGAGCACGCCCAGCAUGGCAUCCGGGAGGGCUUCAGCUGUCAGAUCUUUUUUGAGGAGAUGCUGGAGAGAAGGCGGGCUCAGGGCCAAGCACAUGACCAACAGCUGGAGGAGGAGCAGAGUCCUUCAGACAACAGCGAAUGUUCCCGGCCCCAGGGUGAGGUGCUCUCAGCACAGCAGCAGGAGAAGCAGUGAGCCAGAGGGGAGAUACCCAACCCUGCCCUCACCUCCAGUGCCUGGGACUGCUCCUUCCCCAGCCCGCAGUAUCAGAGCCACUAGGGCAGGGAGAGAGGACCAGGGUCAGGGGGAAGGAAAGGCAUGGAGUGUAGAGCAGCGAGUGCCGGGAGACUGGAAGGAGCCCCCUUCCUGCCCUAGGCACAGCAUCUCCACCAGAGUCCAUUUCAAAACCCAAACCCAAACAAGAGGGCUUUGAGUGUUUCUGAUGGCAGGCACAACAUCUGAAACCCACAAACGCAUGGCCAGAGGGAUUUCUAUUUUUGCUGGUGGAGCAGGCAGGUCCACACUUGCUAAGUAGAUGCGGGUCACAGGACAGCCAACAGCAAAUUACUCUUCAGCCCUAUUUUUUUCACUAUUAUGAAUCUGUCAUAUGCCCUAGUUCUAUGUCUUAUGUUAUUGGGAUUAAACUUGAAUAACACAAAA